AUGGUGGUGGUGCAUCUAACGCACCGCUGUGCCACGGUGUCAUGCGUGUCAGUGUGAGGCUAGAGAGCGCUAGCUAUUGGGGGAUUCGUGUGGCCACUGACCACAGCAGUUAACAAGCACACAGUGGUGGUGUUGGUGUGUCAUUGAAACUGACCGUGUUUGAAUGCCCUGAUGGACAGGUUGCACUCGUCCAUGCGCAAAAGGCUCUACAGUUUGCCCCAGCACAUCGGCCACAGAGCUUCGAUCAUGGGCGACAGCGAAGACGGAGACAAGGACGCGCGCAGGAAGAGCCUGCGGAUGAAGGCGCUGCCCUCGCCCGGCGCCGCGGAGCCCCGGAGCGCGGACGGCGCCGUGGCCGAGACGGACGUGGGGCGUGCGGCCAAGGCGAGCUCCAACGGGGACUGCCGGAGGUUCCGCGGCAGCCUGUCGUCUCUGGCCGGCCGCCACGUCCACGAGUCCGAGCCGCCGUCCGAGGAGAAGCGGCUAAUCACGGAGGGAGACGCCAGCAGCCCCAGCGAGGAGAGCAGCCCCCCCGGGCCGAGCGGAGGGGCACCAGGGGGCGCAGGCGCGGGGGGCUCCGGCGCUGGGGCUGGAGCUGGGGCUGCUGGAGCUGGAGCUGAGCAGCAACAGCAGCCCGCCUUCGUCAAGCUGGACGGCAUCGAGAUCUUAGCGGACGAUGAGAGGUUUUACCAAGCGGGCUUCAUGCACAGGCAGUUCGGGGCCAUGCUUCAGCCGGGGGUCAACAAGUUCUCCCUGAGGAUGUUCGGCAGCGAGAAGGCGGUGGAGCGCGAGCAGGAGAGGGUGAAGUCUGCUGGCUUCUGGAUCAUUCACCCCUACAGUGACUUCAGGUUCUACUGGGAUCUCACUAUGUUGCUGCUGAUGGUGGGAAACCUGAUUAUCAUUCCAGUGGGCAUCACGUUCUUCAAGGACGAGCACACUCCGCCCUGGAUCGUCUUCAACGUGGUCUCCGACACCUUCUUCCUCAUGGACCUGGUGCUUAACUUCCGCACAGGCAUUGUGAAAGAGGACAACACAGAGAUUAUAUUGGACCCACAGCAGAUUAAGAUCAAGUAUCUCCGCUCAUGGUUCGUGGUGGACUUCAUCUCCUCCAUCCCAGUGGACUACAUUUUCCUGAUUGUGGAGACGCGGAUUGAUUCGGAUUUCUACAAAACAGCCCGUGCUCUCAGGAUUGUCCGUUUCACAAAGAUACUCAGUCUGUUGCGACUGCUGAGGCUGUCCAGACUCAUACGCUACAUUCAUCAGUGGGAAGAGAUUUUCCAUAUGACCUACGACCUGGCCAGCGCGAUGGUGCGGAUAGUGAAUCUGAUUGGUAUGAUGUUGCUGCUGUGUCACUGGGACGGCUGCCUGCAAUUCCUGGUGCCCAUGCUGCAAGACUUUCCCGCUGACUGCUGGGUCUCCAAAAACAAGAUGGUGAACAAUACGUGGGGUCAGCAGUACUCGUAUGCCCUCUUCAAGGCCAUGAGCCACAUGCUCUGCAUCGGAUACGGCAUGUACCCGCCGGUCGGCAUGACGGACGUGUGGCUGACCAUCCUUAGCAUGAUCGUGGGAGCGACGUGCUACGCCAUGUUCGUGGGUCACGCAACAGCACUGAUACAGUCACUGGACUCUUCACGCAGGCAGUACCAAGAGAAGUAUAAGCAGGUGGAGCAGUAUAUGUCCUUCCAUAAGCUGCCCGCAGACAUGCGACAGAGAAUCCAUGAUUAUUACGAGCACCGGUACCAGGGCAAGAUGUUCGAUGAGGAGAGCAUCCUGGGGGAGCUGAACGAGCCGCUCAGGGAGGAAAUAAUAAACUUCAACUGUCGGAAGCUGGUGGCUUCGAUGCCUCUGUUUGCCAACGCCGACCCUAACUUUGUGACGUCGAUGCUGACGAAGCUUCGGUUUGAGGUGUUCCAGCCUGGAGACUACAUCAUCCGAGAGGGCACCAUCGGGAAGAAGAUGUAUUUCAUCCAACACGGAGUGGUCAGCGUUCUCACCAAAGGCAACAAGGAGACCAAACUAUCAGACGGCUCCUACUUUGGAGAGAUCUGUUUGCUGACCAGAGGAAGGCGUACGGCCAGCGUGCGGGCAGAUACAUACUGCCGCCUAUACUCCCUGUCCGUGGAUAACUUCAACGAGGUUCUGGAGGAGUACCCUAUGAUGAGGAGAGCCUUUGAGACAGUCGCUCUGGACCGCCUCGACCGCAUAGGAAAGAAGAACUCCAUCUUGCAGCAUAAGGUCCAGCAUGACUUGAAUUCUGGCCUCCUGAACUACCAGGAGAAUGAGAUCAUCCAGCAAAUUGUGCAGCACGACAGAGACAUGGCACAUUGUGCCCACUUGAUGCAAAACCAACCUCCUCCUGCUCCUCCAUCACCUACUCCUGUCAUCUGGGCCCCACUUAUCCAAGCCCCCCUACAAGCUGCUGCAGCUACAACGUCAGUUGCUAUUGCCUUGACCCACCAUCCUCACCUGCCUGCCACUCUCUUCCGCCCUUCAGCUUCUGUUUUGGGCUCAAUGAAAGACCCUCCCAGUCGAUUGAAGAGGUUCCAGGUUGUACCCGCGUCAGCAAGUCCAGGUUCAGCUGGAGAUUCCCCUUCCAGCACUCCUUCGAAGCCUCGUACCGGAGCAGACACCCCUCUACUUGCGUCCUUCCGAGCACACCACUCAACAGGGCCAGCUGGGUCAGGCAGUACCAGCCAGCAAGCCUCCAGCACCAGCAGUGGUUCCCAGCCUGGAAUUGGCAGUGCUUCUGCAUUCCCAACUUCUGGCAACUUCUCCACAUCUGCAUCCCCCACAUCAAGCACCGCACAGCUCCAUCCUCCCCCAAAACACAAGCAGCCCUUCCUCCAGAGUACUCCACCACUGACCAACCGCCUCCAGCAAGGCGGAACAGGUGGAACGGCAGAUGGCUCAGGUGUUGGAACCUUGUCUGGGGCGGUAGGUGGGGCAGUGGGUGGUGCAUCAUGUGGAGUGGCCUCAAUCGGGUCCCCUGGGGGCGCAUUAGUUGGUGCGACAUGUGGUCUUUUGACCACAACGUCUUCAAAUAGUAGCCCUCUUGCCACAGGAUCAUUCAGCCAUGCUCCCAGUCAACAUCUCCAUGGUCAACAGUCUCAAAAACCCACACAGAUGGGCUCGCUGCAGCAAUUUGCAGGUGGGGGUGGUAGGACUUCUAGUGUGCUAAACCUCUUCCAUACACCCCCGCCUGGAUCCCCAUCCUCCAGCCAUACUCACAUUGCCCAGGCCCCUGAAGGUUCACCUUCAUCAAACACCCAAUCCACCUUGUCCAGCCUAAGGUCCAGCUUUCUUCCCCAGUUGCCUUUAGAAAGGUCAGCAUUAGCUUCACUAGCUCAGUAUGGCUCGGCUAAUGCGUCCCCCUGUUACACUCCGCUAGCCCCUAGCCCUACGAUUCAAAGUCCUGUAACUGGAAGAACUUUUCACUACAGUGACCCUUCCAGUGCAACAGGCUCCCACAGUUCUCUGCUCAUGCCCCAGUCCUCUUGCCCUGGCCAACUACCAGGCCACCACGCCUCUGGGACCGAAUCUCCUUUAAGCCGUUUCUCUGAGGAUAUGAAACUAUUAUCCAGCUCUCACCCCACACUAAGUGGAGAGGUAGCCCAGGCUCUGGGUCAUCACUCGUCCACUCGAUCCACCAUGGAUCCUGGCUAUUGCCUCUCCCCUUACUCUUCCCCAACACUGACACCCAAGCCUUGUAGCUCCGUUUCAGGGCACAUUGCUCCCCCAGUACAGACUCCUCCCGGGUCACGGCACCACAUUCACUCCACAGGGACGUCGCCCUCGCUUCCACCUCGGAGGUCCUCAGAGGCCCACCCUUCUGAACUAGAACCACUCUGCUCUAAGCUCCCCUCCAAUUUGUGAGGCUAGAUC